CAAAACACUGCCUGUCCCUUGGUAGUGGGUUCUGACACUGAAUUUCUAUUCAGUUCUACAUAAUUGCAAGAGACACAAUGGAGAAGUGUACAGAAUCUCCACCAAACUUAAAUGCAGAGACUUCCUUUUUGAGAGGAAGCAAUCUGAUUCAGCAGCCACAAGUGCAACAGCCAACUGAUGAUAAGCUUCCUUUAACAGGGCAAGUUGUACCUGCCCUGACUACCCCAGUGAUGUCUGGGCCUUACUCAGGUGACUGUCUCCCUCAGUUUCAUGGUAACCCAGCCAGUGUCACAGGUUUUCUUGCUCAGGUGACCACCUAUUUGACCUCUUUGGAUAUUUCUAAUCCUGCAGAUGAUGCCCGAGUCAAACACUUUUUUGACUGCCUGUCACAGCAGAUGCAAAAUUGUGAUGUCAUAUCUGAGUCCACCCAGAGUAAUCUAUUGAAACAAUAUGAAAACUUUGUUCUUGAGUUACAGCAGUCAUUUGGUGAACCUAUGACACAAGAAACAACACCUCCAAUGAAUGCUAUGGUUGACAAAAGCAGUAUCUCGCCACAGGAUGCUAUUGCUUACCAAGUACAUGCUCCAAGUUUGACUUACAGUGAGACCAAUCAGAGAGACCAGUUCCCAAAAGAACAAGCUGACCCCACUCAGGAUGAAGAAAUCACAGAUAUGAUGGACAACCUCCCAGAUUUGAUCACACAAUGCAUUCAGCUAGACAAAAAACACAAAGGCAGGCCAGAGCUCCUACAGUCAGAAAGUCAUGUUCCAAUGUUUGCUUCUACAAAUCAUUACCAGUCCUUCCUUGGCCCCACACGUCCACUACCAAAGGAUGGACCUAAACAACUGCAGGGAGCCCACCUGCCUGUCACUCCAGCUAAAAGAGCCCGCCAGCAAGAAACUCAGUUAUGUCUCUACUGUAACCAGGCUGGUCACUUCACAAGAGAUUGCCUUGCUAAACGUUCUAGAACUCCAGCAAGGAAAAAAAUGUAGCUAGCUUACUAGUAGGAGGAAAGGAGCUCACUUUGUAAACUCAUACCCUCUCACCAUUGGCCUUAGUGAUUUGUAAACUUUCAUAAACUUCAAAAUACAAACGAGUUGCUGUGGCACUACAUUAAAAACAGCCAAGAACAUUUACAUCCCCAGGAAUUUGAACAACCAGAACUCAUUGGUUGAAAGAUAGACAGACCUUCCCCAAUCCUGUCCUAACAGCGAUGAAGAUAAUUCACAGAAACUUCAUAGUUGGGACCAAGAGCUUCAAGAGUUCUAAAAGUUUGCAGACAAGACUCUCUACAGUCUGAGCCAAAUAAAUUAAAUAAAUAAAUAAACCCUCACAACGUACUGAGAUUCUCAUCCCUACCAAAGGAUGAAAUUAUGGUUGAUUCUAUUGGACCAAAUCCCAUAGCUAAUGUGCCUAGGACUGAGCCCAAAGCGUUUAUCCUAUUCUUUAUUGAUCUGUUUCUUAGUGACUUGUUCAGGUCUUUUGUUUGCAAUCAUAGUGGCAUCACCAUAUCCAACAACAUCCUUGUCAUCGAGAGACCAUAAUCUGGAUUCUAUUCUAUUUAUUAAUCAGAUUCUAGUGCUAACACAUGACAAUCAUCCUGGAACUAAAUCUCUGCCACCCAUUUAUACAGUAAAAUAUAUUUAUACAAAAUAUAUUUUGUUGUCAUCUGAAGACCCCUGCUUACCUAACAUACUGAACUUCUUGGCUAUUGCC